CACCACUUCCUCCCAGCAGCCAACACCCUCGACCAACCACCCACCAUGACCUCCCCCCAGCCGGUUGCCCUCUCAACGACGAAGCGCAAAUUCCACAAACUCCUCGACAACCUCCACGCCAACAAAUCCACACCCAACCUCUCCUCCUCACUCCGAAGCGCCAAUACCUCUACAACCUCCCUCGCCGUUCCCACCACCACCGAACCCCCUUCCAAACGCUCUCGCCACUCCGACAUCUCCAUGCUCUCCCGCAUAUCCAUGGAUAAGCCGCGCCCGCACGCCAGCCCCAGCACCAUCCGCUCGGUCAGGUCGAAGACCACCACGGCGUCGACGCCCCCGCGGAAGACGCCGAACUACGCGCCGUACAGCCAAGACGCGUUUCUAGCGCGACUCAAGACGUUCGCGGAUGUGAAGCUGUGGACGAUGAAGCCGGACGCGAUAAACGAGGUGCAGUGGGUGAAGAGGGGGUGGGUGUGCGAGGCGUGGAAUACCGUUGCUUGCAAGGGGGGCUGCGAGGCUAGAGUGGUAGUGAGUCUGCGGCCGAAGCGGAAGGACGAGAAGGGGGAGGAGAUUGAGGGGUCGGAGGAUUGGAGCGUGGAUGUUGAAGAGGAGCUGGUAGCGGCGUAUGCGGAGAGGAUUGUGGAGGGGCAUGCCGAGUUUUGUUUGUGGAGGAGGGCGGGGUGUAAGAAGGAUAUCUAUCAUAUCCCGAUUGCGCGCCGCGAUGUCUGCGAAGCGGAUCUCUCACGGCGGUAUCAGUCUCUCAAAGCGAUUGAGGCACACCUCCCUCCGUUCGAGUGUGUCAAAUACACCGGCAUCGAUCCGGAGUCCCUCAUCAAGUGCUUGCCAUCUUCUUUCUUCGCUGCCACCGAAGAGAGCGUUGCUGCCGAAGAUGAUACACCACCAUCCAUCACAGCCUUCGCCUUUGCCCUCUUCGGCUGGAACGGCGUCGCCCAAGAUGGCCUCUAUCUCGCACAAUGCUCCCACUGCUUUCAACGCGUGGGGCUAUGGCUCUACACUAAAGAGCGCAUUACGACCAUGGCCAAGAAAGUCAACGCAGAAGAAUCUCAACUCCGACUCAACCUCCUCGAAACCCACCGCGAGCACUGCCCCUGGAAGAACGCGGAGGCGCAGGCUAACCCGCCAGACGGACAAGUGGCGGGCUUUGCGGCGUGGCGGACGCUGCAGUAUGUACUUGGUGUCAACAAGAGGCGGGACACUACGGCGACGCAGAAUAGUGCAGAGGUUGGUGGGGAGGUGAACGGGGAAGAGAGGAAAGAUGAGGAGGGGAAGGGGGAUGAUGAUCUUGCGGGGAGGUGGCAGCGGUUGAAGAGUAAGUUGAAGAGGUCGACUAGCAAACGAAGCUUGAAGUCCCCAGGGAAGGGCGGAGAUUCCUAAGGUUGUGGCUCCAUGCUGACAAUAGGAUUCUCCUGAAGCGUGGUGCCUCUGCUCUAUGGAGAAGCGACGUUGACUCUACUACCAUUAUCGCCUGGUACAGCCCUAGGCUUAUGGGAUUAGUAUGUGGCGACGUUGGAUGGCGAUUUUGGGAAAAGAUAUGCUUGCGAUUAUGGUUCAUCUUCCGAAGAUUAUGAAUCACGGCAAAAGGGUUAUGAGAAUAUUAUAAUUUGGAGAUCUAGUUAUCAGGCUAGGACUGUCACGCCUCAUGGGGUCAAAAACGAUUGCAUAUGACUACCACAGCCAUUUUUCUAUCGAUCGAAGAUGACGGAUCAUAGUGAAGGAGCUACAAUGACAUUUGGCUACGGGGGUAGCGGGGUAUUUAGUAGGAUAUUCCGCAGUUCUUCAACCAGAGCUUCCCAUC